AUGGCUGGAUGCGCCUUGCGCUUUCUGUCUGUAGAUCUCUUCAAGACUCUCAUCUAUCCCAAGGAAAAUAUUAUCAAAACUUAUACUCGCUUCGUUCAAAAACACCUAGACUAUGAGUUCGAUCAUCGCACGGUAAUGCCUCAUUUCACGGAGGUUUAUGGCCUGAUGGAAAAUAAGUGGCCCAAUUUUGGUCGCUUUGACGGAGUCAGUGCUGAUCGUUGGUGGAAUGAAGUUCCAAUGCUGAAGUUUAUUCAAUCAUUUGCGCGGAGCUCCCCAUUCAGUGAAGCCUACGUUAGACGUGCUCUCACGCUGAGUGUCACUAGUGAAAUCUAUGAUUGGUUUUCAACCAAUGAGGCUUGGGACGUGGUUCCCGGUACAGUCGAAGGCUUGACUGAGUUGACAGACACGGGCCUCCAUUUGGCUAUCCUCUCCAACUCUGAUGAAAGAACUCCGGUUAUUUUGAAGGCCCUCAACCUCGAUAAGUUUUUUACUUUUGUUGUCUUCUCUCGGAGCUGUGCUUACAUGAAGCCGGAAGCGAGGAUUUUUGAGUUGGUUUGCGGCCGUUUCUUUGAUUCCGAGGUCCAUACUGAAAUGGCCUCGCAGUCGCGGAUGGCACAAUAUGGUCAUGUUGGAGAUUCGGCGACUCGCGACUACUGGGGCGCAUUGCGUGCUGGGUGUGGGCGUGCCUUCUUGCUGCAACCCGAAAAUUCUGAACCCUGCUUCUGGGCGUACCAGGACACCACGUCAGGACGGUCCCGAAAUCUUGUUCCUGCACAGGACAGGAUCUCCUUUCUUGCUCAAAUUUUGGAACUUUGUCGUGUAGUUGCUCGUGUGUCCAGUGUGGUCGACGCAAUCUACGGCAAGAUACUCGAACUGAGACAGGCCUCGACUGCAGUACCGAAGAAACCCAAGGUGGUGGAAUUCAGUGCAUUGACACUAUGGCAGCAGACAGGUGUGCGAUGUCUCCGAGUAACACACUUUCUCUUGGCACGAAGUGGUCUCUUUGUGGCCAUCUUCCUUCUCUGUCUGCUGAGCGAACGUGCCGAUUAUGAGACACACCCGCCGGUCCAUCCAUGGAUCAUCUAUCUCCACGCCAGUAUCUACCUGCUCACCUCGACCGGUAUGUCAGCGCGUUUACUUCCAAGCACCUCUGUUUUCGUUGCGGCGGUCUUCUACAUCCACCUCGCUUACCUCCUGGGUUUUGAGCCGACCUUCGGCUACCCGCCUUGGCUUCGGAUACGCGUCGCAUUGCGCCUUCUAGGCUUGGCGGGUGGUAGCCUCCGAAUGCUUGCUGCAGGGGACUUUGACUCUUCUCGUCACUGGGACAAACUCGGCGUGGGUCUCUCAGGCUGCGUUUGUGCUCUCCUCGGCCUUAUCUCCCUCCCCACCAUGACGCUACCCAACCUCAACACUGCCAUGCAUCGCCACGAGCUCUCCUCCGCCUUUCCCAACAUCUUUGUGACCCACCUAAUCCAUUGGGUCAUUGGAAUAGCCUUCUGCCUGGCUUUUGUCGGCUACACGUUUCCGAUUCUUGUGAUUCUUCCCCAGGGUCGAGGACAGGUGCCGUUUUUCGCGAAGAUGGUGGUGUGGGCGGACGGACUCGCUUGUCUGGGCUGGGGCCUGACGCUGAUCGCCAAGGAUGCCAAUUGGACCUACUGGAAGGCGCAAGGUGUGGAGUUCUGGCUGCAGAAUACGAUCAUCCUUGCGGAGGUGGUUACGAUCGCCUCUAUUGCCGUUGGUGCCAGUCUGCCCUGGUUGGGCAGAGUGACGAAACCGCCGCAUCAGAAGGAGCAGUAG